GGCGUGGCGGAAGCGGAAGGGUGGCCGCCAUGCCGGGCGCCGCCGAGCGGGGCUCGGAGCUCUCGGAGCAGAUCGAGGCCUUCGCGGCGCGGCUGCGGCGCGGUGGGGAGCGGCCGCGCUCCGAGGACACGGCGCGGCAGACGCUGUCGCUGCUGCGGAAGAUCGUCGGGCACGGGCGAUGGAGCCGGGCCGGGGAGCUCAUGGAUCUGAUCCGGACAGAGGGCCAGAGGAUGACGGCAGCACAGCCAUCAGAGACAACUGUGGGCAACAUGGUGCGACGAGUAUUGAAGGUCAUUCGUGAGGAGUAUGGCAGGCUUCAUGGGCGCAGUGAGGAAAGUGAUCAGCAAGAAUCCCUGCACAAACUCCUGACUUCUGGAGGACUGAGCGAGGAUUUCAGAACCCCUUAUCCCUCCCUCAGAGCUAACGUUAUUGAAGCUAUUAAUGAGAUGCUGAUAGAGCUAGAGGGCACCACUGAUAACAUUGCGAUGCAGGCGCUGGAGCACAUCCACUCCAAUGAGGUGAUCAUGACCAUCGGCUACUCGCGCACUGUUGAGGCCUUCCUGAAGGAAGCUGCCCGCAAGCGGAAGUUCCAGGUCAUCGUGGCAGAGUGUGCGCCAUUCUGCCAGGGUCAUGAAAUGGCUGUCCGACUAUCUAAAGAGAAUAUUGAAACUACUGUCAUGAGUGAUGCAGCUAUUUUUGCUGUCAUGUCUCGAGUCAACAAGGUCAUCAUUGGUACAAAGACAAUCCUGGCCAAUGGUGCCCUGAUUGCUGUGAGUGGGACUCACACUCUGGCACUGGCAGCUAAACACCACUCCACUCCGCUCAUCGUGUGUGCUCCCAUGUUCAAGCUUUCACCGCAGUUCCCUAAUGAAGAAGACUCAUUCCACAAGUUUGUGUCACCACAGGAAGUGCUGCCAUUCACAGAAGGGGAGAUCCUGGCAAAGAUCAACGUUCACUGCCCAGUUUUUGACUAUGUCCCUCCAGAGCUCAUUACUCUCUUCAUUUCUAACAUUGGGGGUAAUGCACCUUCUUAUAUCUACCGCCUCAUGAGCGAGCUCUACCAUCCAGAUGACUACGAACUCUAAUACUGUAAAGCACCUUACUCUCCAGACUCUUCCCUUUAUCUUUAGAAAGAUACAACAGCUAAUUCAAGUGUACAUUACAAAGACAGGUUGCUGUGGGAAAGCAGUGGGGAAUUUGCUCAGCAAUGUCUUUCCUACCCAAAAGCAGCAGAAGGCAGAGCUUGUGUACAGAUUUUGACUUCUGUGCUGUGUUAGAAACUGUGUGGAGCUGCUAAGCCACUUUGAUUUUGAAGCAAGGCAUAUGUGUAAAUCUGGGGCAGGUAAGCUGUUACUUCAAAGUACGCUGCAAUAAAGGCUGUUUACAGUGAUCUCACUGUUAAGCACAUUUUCCAUAA